UUCUCACCCCCCGCUCGACGAUUUGCAGUUCAGUUUUCCACAGCCUGCUCUGCCAAGUUCAGAAAGCGAGAUGGAAGCCCAGACACGGAUGGCUUUUUCCAAAGCCUGCAACUCACCAACAACACGGCCAAACCCGCGCUGAAUUUUACCUCGGACAUCUUCCAUGGCGCCUCUUUUGACCUUCUCAACCAUACUGCCAGCUCACUGCAGCAGAUCGAGACGCUCCCCGAGGUCGAGAAGCUAUGGCCCGUCUCCAUUGUGUCAGCAGUGCAGCCCAAUGCCUCCGACAUCAUGUCAGAGCCGCUACCGAAGUGGGACCCUCAUACGCUCACCAACGUUGACAAGGUCCACAAGCUUGGCCACCGCGGCGAAGGCGUCGUUGUAGCGAUUAUCGAUACCGGCAUCGACUAUCUCCAUCCAAAUCUCGGUGGUGGAUUCGGUGCGGGUUUCAAGGUCGAAGGCGGAUAUGACCUCGUUGGUGACGACUAUGAAAUUGGGAGAGAGUAUGUGCCUGAUGCCGAUCCUUUGGACUGCGCCGGCCACAGAACCCACGUCGCCGGUAUUGUUGCGAGCUCUCACGAUGACCUACCCGGUGUCGCAUCUGAUGCCCGCUUGAGGAUCUACAAGGUCUUUGGGUGCGGCGGUAGCAGUAUGGAGGAUGUCAUCGCUCAAGGUUUCAUCCAAGCCUACGAGGAGGGCGCGGAUAUCAUAUCUGCCUCUUUGGGAUCGAAUGCUGGAUUCCCUGAGAACAUCCUUGCUGUAGUCGCCUCUAACAUCCAAGCCAAGGUAACUUUUGUUACGGUCGCCGCAGGUAACAGUGGUGAGAUGGGU